AUGUCUUACUUAUCUAAUGAUAAUAAUAAAAUAACUAUAAAAAUAAUUGAUAGAGUUCAAGUAAUUUGUUUUUUCCUCAGAAAUCUUUUUGGAAGGAAUUAAAUAAAUGAUAAGGGAAUUAUGUAUUAAAACCAAUAAAAAUUUGAGAUUUAAUAGAAAAAAUUUAUUGCUCAGAAACUGAUUUUAGUUUUAAUCAAAUGA